AUGCCUGUUACCGGUUGUGAGGAUCUUCGGCAGCACCUUCCGUGCAUCUCCAAUGGUCUUCCCCAAGCUUCUGCGAAAUACGCUGUGCGCUUCGAUCAGCCUGUCUCUAUGGUAACGGUUUCGGCGGAAAUCCCCUAUCGUGUGGUUUCACAGCCGUUAGUUGAUGGAACGCAUACUCUUGCGAACUCGCACAUCCCAAUGGAUGGGGCCGACGCGAACCAGACAAAGCCAGAGCCUAUGUGCCAGAACAACAGACUCCGACAGUCGAAUCGCACCGUAGCCAUGACAAGGAACGAUCAAGUCAAGCGCGCAACGUUGAGGCUCAAUCUAGACCUGCCAUGCCCGCUGAGCGAAUUGGUCAACCGCACGCCGCACAUCCCGGCUAGAGACAUGUGCGCCUGGGUACACCGUCCCGUCGAGACGCCACCAGGAGGCAUUGCAACGGCAUGGCAGGAUUUCACGCCCAAUGAAUUCACUCAUGCUAACGAUCAUCAGGCCAUCUCCAUCCUCACCGGACGGAGCUGGAAGAUGCAAACCCCCCACAUCCGUAAGCAGUACAAGACGCUCGCAGUGACGGAGAAACAAAUGCAUGCUGGAGCGCACCCGGGAUAUCGGUUCUCGCCGUCAACCAAGAAGAAACGAUCGCGGACUGCAAGAGCCCGUUCUCAGAAAUUGGUGUUGCGUUCGGAGGCGUUCCCCAAAGUCAACCGAAGCUCUCAGCCUCACGCUGGGUCUACGUCGUCGAACAAUGACCGCAUCAGUGGACCCUCCACAGGACCAUUCCUUGCAGAUGAGGAGACCCUUACCCAAAGCAUUCCAUCGAAUACAGGUGGUGUGGGAUCAUUGCCAAGUGCCGCCUCGGUGUGGUGGCAGGAGAUAAUUUACUCUCAGAUGGCCUCUACUGAGCAAGUCUCCGCAGGCACCCAACCUUGUUUCCCUGUCGUCACGGGGCAACCGGGGAUACCGAACUCUGCUUGCAUUGUUCCCCAAUCUGGAUGCCCUGGGCUCGAAGCUGUCAACGGUCAGUCUGCUUUCCUGACACUGUCUGUUACGUGUGAGGAUUGUAAGGUUGACGGGGAAUAUCGGUUGAGCCCCUCGAAGCUCCACCGUGAGUUUCGUUAA